UUGUUGGUGGCCAGUCCGCGAUUCGCAGCGCGCGCGAACACCCGCGACGGUCGAAGCGGUGCCCGGAGCUAACGACACGCGGUCCUAAUAAUUAUUUUUGGCUCAUCGACUGACUUUUAUGCAUUCUUAAAUAAAGAACGACAUUUUCUCAAACGCUUUUGUGGACGUUGAUUUUAUUUGAGAAGUGGAAAAGUUUAAGAAGUUUUGUUGGACUUUAUUACGGACAUAUAGCGCCAAAAAUUGUUUUUUGAAAGCGGGAGCCAGGAACAUGUCCUGCAUGCGCCGAAGACCAGGGACCCAAUACACCGACUUCAUCCUACACCAUAGAUAGGCCUUACAAUGAUUUAUCAACAUAGAUAGUACUAGAUUACCCAUUAUUUAUAUUUACCUAAUAAACCUUGCUAGUGCUUCCUUAGAACCUUUCCACUGUUGCAUUUAUAGUCAUCCACCGUUAAGUGUAACUUUAGAAGAUUUUAUAUAAAUAUAUAACUGCAUUUGUAAGAUCAUAUCAGAAGUUAAGUUGCCUUAUAAAUCUGUAAGCUUUAUAUAAAGUGUCGCGAUGUCUCACGGGGGCGUGAAGAGUGCGAACGGGAAGGGUGCGCACGCGCCGGCGUCGCGGGAGAGUUCGGAGAGCCCGCCGCCGCCGCCAGAUGGCGGGUGGGGCUGGAUGGUCGUAUUCGCCUCCUUCAUGAUACAUAUAGUCACCGACGGCAUGACCUACUCCUUCGGCAUCUUUUACGACGAGUUCCUGGACUAUUUCAACGAGGGAUAUGCCAAGACCGCGUGGAUCGUCUCUAUACUCGUCGGGGUCACACUCAGUUCAGGUCCGAUAUCGAGUUCGUUCGUGAACCGCUGGGGCUGCCGCCUGGUGACGGUGAGCGGGGCCCUGCUGGCCGCCGCCUGCGUCACCGCGUCGGCCUACGCCAACAACGUGCUGACACUCAUCUUCACCAUCGGCGUGGGCACCGGCUUCGGCUGUGGCCUCAUCUACCUGCCCGCCAUCGUCAGCGUUACCGUAUGGUUUGAGCGGUAUAGGAGUCUUGCUACAGGCAUUGCGGUGUGUGGUUCGGGACUUGGAACGUUUAUUUUUCCGCCGUUGACAAAAGGAUUAAUCUCCAGCUACGGCUGGCGAGGUGCCAUGGCCAUUAUAGGUGCCCUUAUAUUAAACUGCGUGCCAUUGGGACUCAUGUUCCGACCAGUACCCGAAGUGCCAAGAACACCGGUCAGCGAACCGAUGCUUCCGAAACAAAAGAAAUCACCACUAAAACGGUCGCAAAGUACAGAACACGUGGCGAGCCCGAGGGCAAAUGGGCAUGCCGAAGACGGUGAUGUGGCUAGACUGACUCUUUCACAGCCCGCUCUGAAUAAAUCUCAUGGACAUCAUAAGCAGUCGCAUUCUAGACAUGGCAGUGGUAUCAUGCACAGACCUGAUGUACUAUACCAAGGAAGUAUGACGAGUCUUACUAAAUUCCGGGCUUCGUCUCCAGAAAGAAUUCAGUCUUUGACUAGAGACGAAGUCGAUGAAGAACAAUGUGGAUGGAUGCCAUGCUCCUCCGAGUCUAAGUCGGCGUUACUGGAAAUGCUCGAUCUGUCUCUAUUGGUGGACCCCAUAUUUGUAUUAUUUACUGUAUCCAACUUUUUGACUAGUAUAGGAUUUUAUAUACCCUAUGUUUAUACCGUGAACAUGAGCAAGAACUUGGGCGUGGCGCACCCGGAAUAUUUGAUAUCUAUUAUUGGGGCGUCCAAUUUAAUCGGGAGGAUAGUUCUCGGUUUUAUCAGCGACAAACCUUGGGUGAAUCGAUUGCUAGCAUACAACUUGUGCCUCACCAUAGCUGGAAUUAGUACGGCUUUAGCAGCAGUGUGCACAGAGUUCUGGGGACUAGCCAUGUAUGCGACGACGUUUGGAUUCACCAUCGGAGCAUACGUGGGGCUAACGUCGGUAGUACUGGUGGACCUUCUCGGGUUGGAGAAACUCACUAAUGCCUUUGGCCUCUUGCUGUUGUUCCAAGGCAUCGCGUCGCUCAUUGGGCCGCCUCUUGCGGGAUGGUUACUGCGCGUGACGGGCACGUUUGCGCCAGCUUUCUACUCGGCGGGCGCCGCGAUCUCGCUGAGCGGGGUGAUCCUGUUCAUGAUCCCGCUGCUGGAGCGGCGCGCGGGCGCGGCGCGCGCGCGCUGGGCGGCGGAGCUGCCGCUGGAGCACAUGUAGCAGGACAACGGCGGGGGCGGGGGCGCGGGCGCGGCGGCGCGCGCGCACUCCUUCCCUGCCAUCGUGCUGCACUCCCCCUCCACGCCCUCCUCCACCGACGACACAGACAACAGGGUAUAUUCUACUACAAUAAUAGAGGAAAAUGAUUUUUAUAUCGACGAUAGAUAAGAACUUGUAAAUAUUGGUUAUCUCGACGGAUGAAUGUGAUAAUAGUUUUGAUGGCCGAUCCAUCGAACUCAUUCCAAAGAUAGAAUAUAGUGUAUGAGGAGAUAUAUAUUGUGUAUAGUGUUUAUCGAAAAGGUGCAAUAAUGUUACUUUAUAUUAGUCUUACUUGGUCUGUGAAUAAAACGGUGAGAGCCAAUUGUUUCUAUACUUCGAUUUUUCAAAGGACUGUAAGAAAUGAGUUAUGAUACUUCUUUAAAAUAUUAUGAGACGUAUGACGUACAGUUGCUUAAAUACUAAUAAUAUAUUAAUAAGUAGUUACAAUAAUGUGAAGUGUAGAAAACGAAUGCGUGGUUAGCUUCAAAACAUGGCCUUAAUGCGGACCAAUCGAGAUUAGAUUGUAUGGUGAGGUCCAACAAGUAUACUACCUACCUACUACUAUCCGGCAAUCUAUCUACGAUGCCUAUUGUGAUCACUGAAGUCUGGUACCUAGUAACAUCAUUUAUUCAGUCUUUAGACCUAAUGCACUUUUUGUUCUAUGUGAUCUUCCAAGUUGUGUUCAGGGUUUUGUAUUCGACUUGAAAAAGUGAUAGAAAUGACUUGACUACCAUUAGAUUUGUGUUUUCUCUUAAAAAAUCGUCCUUAUAAUUGAAUAACCUUUUUCAUCUAGGUACUAAUGGCGUACUGUGGUACUGGGUAAGGUAGUCAUGUGAAAAUUAUGCGGUAGUCGCGCCACAUUCUGUUAUUUUCUCAAGACGAGUUUCCCUGUUGUAGUUUAAGACGUUAAUUUAAACGUAACAAAUUUAUUUUGUUCGCUAAAUAUAUUUAGUUAAAAUAUUGAACUUGUUGAAUGUAAAUACUGUAUUUGACUGAAACACUUAGAUUAACUAUAUAUUAUCGUUUACAAUGAACUGUUCUGAUAUUCUUCGUACAAAUAUUGUGUCUAUGUACAUUGUUAAGUCUUAAUAACGUAUGGAAUGCGAUCAACUUGUACAUUUCUUAUGUACACGUAUCAUAUUAAUAUAUAUCCGGAAUUGAGAA